AUGAAUAAAGAUUAAAAACCUUAAAAACCAUUACCUAAAUCAGACAUGGAAGUUCUAAAAUAAUACCAUCAAUUUGUUAGAGAUGACGAAGAAGAUAUUGAUCCAAAGUUAAGUACAAACGAUGACUAUGGCAGGAUGAUCGCAAGAAAAUAUUAUGAUAAGCUCUAUAAGGAAUACGCUAUCAUAGAUUUAUCACAGUAUAAAACUGGAAAGAUUGGGAUGAGAUGGAGGACUGAACCAGAAGUAUUGAGUGGCAAGGGAGAAACAAUUUGUGGGAACAAAGUUUGCACCAAAGACAAAGAAUUAAGCACUUGGGAAUUGAAUUUCUAAUAUAAAGAAAAUUAAGAAGUAAAGAAUACCUUAGUCAAAGUGAAGUGUUGUAAUAGUUGCAGUCAAUAAUUGAAUUACAAAAAACUUCACAAAUAGGUAAAAGAGUACACAGAGGAGGAGAUCAGGCAUUUGUUGGCGAAGUUAGAGGAGAAAAAGAAGAAACUAAAACAAGAAGAAGAUUCUUGA